AUGCCAGAUCCUUUGUUUCCGGCUGAAGGAGCGGCUGUUCUCGGAGUCGCCUCGUAUCUGGGAGAGACUGGGGCACGAAUGGCGAUGAUUGGAACCGGUUUCUUCAUGAUGAGCAUUUUCAUCUCAAUCAACGAUUGUGUACAUGCACGGAGUCUGUUGUUGCAUGGCAAACAUCAACUCGUCGCUACACUCGUCAAACCUCACAUUGAACUCCACGAUGGGAAAUGGUAUCAAAUCGGCUUUGUGUUCGGUGGAGACGAGAUUGAUAUAGAUUACAACACGAAAGUGAGUGGAUUCAAACGAAGAUUCGGCAAAGAUUUGUGUGCACAUUGGAAUUAUGCUGCUGAAUGGCUCUACUUCACGAUUCCGCCUCGCUUUCCACACGCCAAAGGUUGUUCAUCGUCUUCCAGGCCGGUGCAGAUUUUGGUUGGAUUGGAGACGAUUGGAGUCACGCAUGGGAAAGACGUUUAUAUCUUUGUUAAAGCUCAAUUCGAAUGCAAAUGGACGGUGAUGGAUCCCGAUCUGCGGCGUCGU